UAUGCGUCCUAUUCUUGUCCUUUGUGUUUAUCUUCAGCUCAUCUCAAUUGCGUCGUGAACGGAUAAUGUGUGUAAGAUUGCUAUUUCUACUUAGUGUGCGGACAUGGACAAGGAAACAUCCUAAAUGUUAGUCGGCUGUGUGCAAAAGCAAAAAUGAACAAAGGGUGGCUGGAGCUAGAGAGCGACCCAGGAUUGUUCACUUUGCUAGUAGAAGAUUUUGGAAUCAAAGGUGUGCAAGUGGAGGAAAUAUACGACCUUCAAAGCAAGUGUCAAAGUCCAGUCUAUGGCUUCAUCUUCCUGUUCAAGUGGAUUGAGGAGCGUCGAUCCAGGAGGAAAGUGAACACUUUAGUGGAUGAGACCUCUGUCAUCGAUGAGGAGAUAGUUAACGAUAUGUUCUUUGCACAUCAGCUGAUACCAAAUUCGUGCGCGACCCAUGCCCUGCUGAGCGUGCUUCUCAACUGCAGUGGCGUGGAGCUGGGCACCACCCUCAGUCGCAUGAAAGCUUUCACUAAAGGCUUCAGUCCAGAGAGUAAAGGUUAUGCAAUUGGAAAUGCCCCGGAGCUGGCCAGGGCACAUAACAGCCACGCCAGACCGGAGCCUCGGCACCUGCCUGAGAAACAGAAUGGGAUCAGCGCAGUGCGAACCAUGGAGGCCUUCCACUUUGUCAGCUAUGUGCCCAUCAAAGAUCGUCUCUUUGAGCUGGAUGGCCUUAAGGCUUACCCUAUCGACCAUGGCCCGUGGGGAGAAGAAGAGGAAUGGACGGAUAAAGCUCGACGGGUCAUCAUGGAGAGAAUUGGCUUAGCCACUGCUGGCGAGCCGUAUCACGACAUCCGCUUCAACUUGAUGGCGGUGGUGCCGGACCGCAGGAUCAAGUACGAGUCCAAACUGGAGGUGUUAAAGAAGAACCGACAGACUAUUCUGGAGGGUCUGCAGAAGAUGAUCCGACUCACCCAGCCCGAGCAUGUCCAUGACAAGAAGCAGCAGGAUUCUUCCACGCCUGAAGGCAACGCCAAUUCGGUUAAGAAAGAGGCGGAUGCGGAGCCUGCAGCAUCCCAAGGGGCUGGCCCGGCUUCCUCUGUAGAUGCAGGGGAUGAGUCCGGAGCUCCACCUAAAGAUGCCGCUGCAGGAAACGCCAAGGUCACUGGAAAAGCACCUGCAGGAGCAUCACAGCACGGCGCCAACCCCGUCGUUCAACGCCUCCCCGCCUUCCUCGACAACCACAACUACGCCAAGUCCCCAAUGCAGGAAGAGGAGGAUCUGGCUGCCGGUGUUGGUCGUUCCCGAGCGCCAGGGCCUCCACAACCGGCCUUUUCUGAUGAUGAAGAUGACUAUGAAGACGAGGAGGAGGACGUCGGUGGAACUGCAGGCACAUCGAGCAGGUUCCGACGGAAAGCGAGUCUACGAUCACGAGCGGGGAGGAUGGUGACAGGAAUGGAAAGCCAGAUCGCCCUCAGUGUCCUGGCUGAGAAACUCAAAAAGGAGGCGCAAAGAAAAGACGCCCUGAACACGCCGCUCUCUGUGCGCACGGAGGGCCGAGGCGGAGGCAUCUGCAUCACGUCGGCUUCGCAGCCCUCGCCCACACCCAGCAACGAGAGCACCGACACGGCGUCCGAGAUCGGCAGCGCCUUCAACUCGCCGCUACGCUCACCCGCACGCUCGCAGGCCGCCACUCGACCGUCCAGUCCCGUAGCAUCCCAUCUGUCGCGUGUUCUAUUCGGAGAAGACGAGCUGCUCAGGCUAGACUCCCGACAUAAUCGAGCUGUACGAGAGUUGGGCCCGUCUGUCACUGUGGCGCUGCUGCAUCUGCAGGAGGACGGGGUAAUCUACGCCCUUCCGCCAUCUUUGGAUUUGGCUGCAGAUCCCGGUGCCAAGCCGCCCCACACUCCAGAGAAGAUAAAAGACACGGAGCAGGCAGCCGUGGUUGCAGGGGAGAAGGACAAAGGAGCAUCUACGGAGGUGAGCAAAGAAGAAGAAGAAGAAGAGGAGGAGAGCAAAGAUGGGGAGGAAGCGAAACCCGGCAAGGAGAAGCUCAACGCGGUGCAGCCUGCAGCCGACAGCAAGCCCUCGGGGGAUAAGUACUCACCCAAAGAGCUGCUCGCACUGCUCAAGUGUGUGGAGGCUGACAUCGCCAAUUAUGAGGUGUACCUAAAGGAGGAGGUAGAAAAGAGGAAGAAAUACAAAAUUGACGAUCAGCGAAGGACCCACAACUACGAUGAGUUCAUCUGUACCUUCAUAUCGAUGCUGGCCCAGGAAGGGAUGCUGGCCAGCCUGGUGGAGCAGAACAUUUCAGUGCGUCGUCGGCAAGGAGUGAGCAUCGGCCGCCUGCACAAGCAGAGGAAGCCUGAUCGCAGGAAACGCUCCCGACCGUAUAAGGCCAAGCGCCAGUGAUUGCAAACAAUCUCGGAAUGUGUUGUACCUGCGAGGACCAAGCAGUCGCCUCUUUUGUGAAAGCGGUCACGUGCAAACCAUUUCCUUGGGGCGCUCCUGCUCUUCACGACGCUGAGCCCAUUGCGUGGUGAGGUCUUUUAUCAUCUGGGUAUACGUGUACAGGUGUACCUUUUUAGUCCUAUUAUGUACUGCUAUUUACACUUUGUACACAUGGAAGCAUCCUCCCUGAACUGGCAAAGUUUUUAGUGCUGUCGGAAGCUUGUCUGCACUCUUCCGUCUGUGUAGUCAGAUAAAUUUACCCCAAUUAUGUCAUACAACUACCAACUGCUAACCAAAAGUUGAGACUACACCGUUUAUUUUUAAAAAUGACAUUCCUAAAGGAGCUUUUUAAACUAAAGACAAACAUCGUGGUCAACACUCUAGUCUUAUUUUGUAUAUAAUAAACAAUCUCAGAAUGGAGUGACCAUUAGCUAGCAUGUACGUAUGUGUGUCUUGUACAUAUUUAUAUGUUACUCAGCUCAGCAGGAAGUCGCUGAGCUCUCUUGUUACUGCUAUCGUGCUUGCCGUUUCAUACUACAAUAAAGUCGACUGAAACAACGUA